GAUUACAGUCGAGUCAUAUAGUGUAGAACGGAUUACUCUUUGAGCUCUGUAGAAAAAAAAUGGCUCUCUUCCAAACACAAACACCUCCUCCUAUCUACAGCCAUGGCUUUAGCUUCAAAACCCACAGCUACUCUCCCGUGGCCUUACCAUAUCAUCUCCCACCGCCUUCCCUCCCUCUUUCUGUCUCCUCCAUGAAAACCCACCACCAAAGCUCACUCGUUUCUCCCUCAACAGUGAAAAGAAAGUUGCUUUGCAGCCCCCCUCAUGGUAAACAUGUCAGAGAAGAUUAUCUUGUGAAGAAGGUGUCGGCCCAGGAGGUCCAGGAACUGGUAAAAGGAGACAGAGAUGUACCCAUUAUUGUUGAUUUCUUUGCAACAUGGUGUGGACCCUGUAUAUUGAUGGCUCAAGAACUUGAAAUGCUCGCUGUAGAGUAUGAGAGCAAUGUACGAAUUAUAAAGGUUGAUACAGAUGAUGAGUACGAAUUUGCACGCGACAUGCAGGUACGAGGAUUGCCGACAUUGUUAUUUAUCAGUCCAGAUUCGAGUAAAGAUGCCAUCCGGACUGAAGGGCUCAUCCCGUUGCAGAUGAUGCGGGAUAUCAUUGAUAACGAACUGUGAAGGAGUACGUGAUUUCUUGCUACAUAAAUGUGGGGGGCAUGCUCUCGUUUUGUAAUGGUACAAGCAUUACCAUCACUGUUUGAGUUUUGUUAUGUCCUAAUUAAUUUACCGACUGAUGUAUCGCCUUGGAGUGAACAGUUUUGUAGCCAUAAGAUAGCGAGUAGAUGUGGUCGUUGUAGGCAUGUUUAAAUGUAAGGAUGCGUGUCCGUCACACAUCCUCGCACAGUUAGAGGUGCAGGGAUGUUUUGUGAUGGUACGAGAAUUACCGUUCUUACUAUUGUUUAGUGAUCGUACCUAAACCCUAAACCUAUAAGAUAAUAAGACUUUGCCUCUUUUUAUUA